AUGAAUUUAACAAAUGAUUCUGGCGAAAAAAAUGAUAAUGAAAACAAUGCUUCAAGUGACGAAGAUGAAGAUACGGAAAACGCUUCUACUAACUCACCAUCUGUACUCGUAGAAAAAUUCUUUUCAUCGAAUAAAAGUAGUGAUGAAUUCGACAAUAAUGAUGAUGAUGAUGAUGAUGAUGAUGAUGAUGAUGAUGAUUGUGAAGAUGAUGACGACAAUGGAGAUGGUAGUAGUGAUAUUGAAAAUCAUUACACUCCCGAUAAUUCAUUGCCGAGAAAAAAUCAUCUCUGUACAUUAUUACGAAAAUCAAACCGUCUUGUUGAAUUAAAAUUAAAUCUACUUCAUAAUCAUUCAUCAUUACGACCUACUGCAUCUGAUAGUGACAUGUCAAAACAAACCGAUCAGCAACAACGAAAUAAUAUUUUUCUUUCGUCAAUUCGGUUACGUCGUCUUUAUUUGCCAUCCGCUUUUAUCUACGUUUUACAGAGUCACAUAACAAAUUGGUUACAAGCUAGUACCAGCUUAAUUGACUCGAUAUCGUCAUCGAUAUAUCAUCGACGAUGCUGGUCACAAUUAUUAUUAACAUAUUUUAUUGAGCAAGGUUUUGUUAAUUUACAAUUCCUUCUUUGUACACAUUCAUUAUCAUUAACAAGAAUUGAUCAUGAUUUAUAUUCAAUACAUCAACAUGCAUGUGUACCAGAAGAAGAUGCAUAUAAAUUAUGCUCAAUUUUACAAAAAGGUUCUCGGUUUAAUAUCGAUGCAAAUAUUUUCGAUCAUAUACGUCGUAUUAUUGUUAUUAAAAGUAUGAAAGAAGUGUUUAAUGAUAAUACAAGUUUACAACAACUUUAUAUUAAACAAUUAACAAGUCUUAAACAAUCAUUAGCACAUCAGCAGUCAUCUAUAAUGAAUAUAAAUAAUAAUAUAACCAUAAGUGUAGCAACAAUUUAUUCUAAACUUCUACUUUUUCUUUCAAGUCUUUAUUCGAUCAGAGCUGAAACGAUGCAAGUACUUUUUUGUCAACAUCUUCUACACAAUCCGAUGUAUUCCUAUCUUAUUAAUUCUUAG